AUGUCUCACCCACAUCUCCCUACUAGUACCCUAACUACUACUUUCAGAAUCCACACAAACAUGUCCAACUACGGCGCCCCUGCGCCAAAAGUAGUCACAACGUACCUGUCGAUAUUCAACCAGACACACCAGAAGCGAUUGCGAUAUGUCAACCGAGUGAUUUUCCUCGUUGCGGCGCUUGCAUCGGUCCUUCUAAGACUUCCCUUCAAGAACUCCAGAUGGAGCGUGCUCAUGUUUCUCUACCAGCUCCUGCUUUUGGCCAUCGCUCUCCUUCUCGUCAAGUUUUCCCGUAAUGCGAACUCUGUAGUUGAGUAUCUGCGAGCCAAGACCAUGGCGGAUCAGGUUCGGACCAGUGUAGUGUCUCGUCUGUUCCUCAUCACUAGUGGGUACUACCUCGCCUCUGCAGCGCUCUUUUUCGGUGCGUACAUUCUGCAGCUUCCGCUCUUGGGCCAGUAUUAUGUGCUCAGCAAGGAGUUCCGGAAGUUGCCGGCGGUCAAUGACCAGUGGGUCUACUUCUGGUUCCAUGGUGCUGUAUGUGCCGCUGCCUACGCUUGCCAACAACUCAUACUACAGAGAAACAGGCUCCGAUUCAAAUAUGGAGUCUCUUCGGUUAAACCUAGAACAGUCAUGUUUGUGAACGGCCCCGUCAUCGUAGGAACUUCGUUGCUCUUCACUGGAAUCAUGGCUGUGGCUUGUCCCCUUCUCUACAUCUGGUCUAGGUCUGUGAUUUACAAGCUCAAUUGGCUCACUUUCACUCUUCUCUCGCUCGACUCAAACAUGCCUCCGCGCCACAUCGGAGUCAGUAAUCUCCUUUCCGUAUCUUUUGCUUCAUUUGUGCUAUUCCUUACGUGGGAGUUCAUCAAUCACGUUUAUGAAACUUACGCUACCGUCGGCUGUCUUGACGGCAAGCGUCUCAUUAGUAGCCAAAGCACAACGCCGGCUGAAACAUUACUUCUGGGGCUUCGAGAUGUAUCUGAAGCGAACCAAUUGGCUCGCUUGACUGCAUUCCAAGAGCUCGCUUUCAUCGCAUCAAACGACAGUCCUGAAAGCUUGGAGGCUCGUAAGUCUAUCUAUUCAAUUGGCACAGCUAGUCGUCCAAUCUGGCUAGCAUUCCUAGAUGAAUGCUCACUUGUCAUUGACGAGUCGAAUUUGAGAAUAAAUUUCAGAACGAAGGAGGACCUAGAAGCAUUGAAAAACCUUGAUAUAUCUACAAGCGAUGAAAUGAAUGAUGAUAAGAACAAGGAUUCUCUGAUUUUCGGAAAUUCCACACAGCCUAAAUCACCUUCAGCUUCCACUCAGUCUAUACCUGACAAUGGCGGAAAGAAUGAGAUCAAGGCCGAAACAGCAUCUAAAGUUAAGGAAUCCAAUUCCAAAAGCAGUUUUGCUUCAUAUUUCAGUGCGAUUAAGAAGCAUGCUUGGAACUUCAUGUACGAGAAAAACAAAAGUCCUACGAAAGCUUUACCUCUUACCCAAGUCAUGAAAAACAUCUCUCUCCGAAAACAAAUGAUUUUAGAAUCUCAGUAUGGAGUGUUUUUCCGCACAACUUUACAGCGCGAUGCAGAAUCUAGAGUACUUAACCCUGUGAACUGUGGCAAUGCUAUUGUGUCGCUAUCUGGAAUUCUUCUCCAUGCUGUCGAGGAAGAUCGCUCUGAUGUUGUUACAGAUCAACAUAUCAGCGAAGUUUUCAACUUGCUAGAGCGUCCUAUUCGAUCUUGUACAAACUACAUCAACGUAACACCAGCAUCUGUCUACUUGUCAGAGUCUCAAAGAAAAUCUACUACAGAGAGAUCACACCUGGUAAUAGCACUGCUCCAUGACAUAGCUAUGCGUGAGUACGUGAAUCUUUGCAUUAAGUACAAUUUUAAGCUCAAUGAUCUCCUGUUGACACCAAAGGCUUUCAAAUUGGCUAAGUGGGUCAUUGAUGCAUCCAUUGCCCAGCAACUGCAACAGAAGCAGCAGCAAAUCUCGAGUUUUAUUUGA